AUGGUCUUCAGCUCCCACCGCGGCUCCAUUGCCUCCACCGUCGAAGCCGCAAAGACCGCUCCCGUCCACGAAUUCCGCUGCCUUUACACCCACGACUUGCGCCGCAAGCAGAAGCGAUGGCAGGAUGGCUUUCUCAAGUUCCACACCUUCAACAAGCGCGUCAUGGUCUACGACCAACCCCGCAAUUACAUAGGAGACACCCAUUGGAAGGAUGGCGACACGCUUGUCGAGGGGGACGAACUCGCACUUGAGAAUGGUGUCAUAGUCCAAGUCGGUGAAGCCGUUGCGACCACCGAGACCGACUUGACGCCCAUCCUCCAGAAGAAGAAGCCGCGCGAGCCAGCUACAUUGGCCACGCCAAUCCGGUCGAAUCUUCCCACCCCCGGCGUACGAAGCAGCGGCCUGAGAAUACCCUCGCAGCGACCACUUCACCGACCGUUAACCGCACUACUCGGAACACCAAAGGGAGCACAAGGAAGGGCUAUGGUUCCGGUGAAGUCGCCGUUUGAGGAACGACGUGCGAAAAUGGACCAGGAGAAUGAGUGGGCCAGUGAAAGAGCUGCGAAGCGGCUCAAGGUCGCCGAGGCUGGCCAGGCCCGACACGCCGUUGUCGCUGCCGAGACGCCGCGUCCAAAGGCACGGAAUCUCAUGGGGGUAGGGACGUCGAACGCAAGAGGUCAAGCAGCCCAAAAGACUCCUCUUGCUCAGAGGACAGCGAAUGGGAUCUUCGCUUCGACAGGUGGUCCUGUCGAGCUAAUUGACAUCACGUCUGACAAUGACGACAACUACUCAGACGUCACGCUGCCGGAGACACCACCGACAUUCAAACGGCU